AUGGCUACACAGUACGAUGAAGGCCCGGAGCUGGCGCCUCAGCAUCAAUACCCUGAGGUCUACCACCCGCCUCCUCAACCGUCGUAUUCCGCGUCGCCACAGCCGAUACCUGUCACGCCGAUGAAGCGGGAGGAUUCGACGUACGGAUACCCAGCUUCCGGCGUCGACCAGUCCGUUUAUGGCGGCACCCAGUACCAGGCAGCCGCCGGGGAGACCGCCGCACCUCAGAAGAGCAGGAAGACUAUCUGCGGCUGUACUUUCCUCGUCUUCCUCUUGUCCGUCAUCAUCGCAGUCUUGGCGGCCGCAGUCAUCGGCCUGGCGGCGGGCACCGGCGUGGAGGCGAGCCGGGCAAACAAUGCUAUCCAGGAGCUGGCGGCCAUGUCGGCGUCCGCAACCAGCGGCGGGUCGGCUGCAACGACAACGGUGACGGUGACGAGCGCCUCGGCGACCGCGACUGGUUUCGCCGCUCUCACCAACGGCUGCUCCAACUCGGACGAGACGACCACCGGCCAGACAUACACGACCGACUUCUUCGGCAAGAAGACGUUCACAAUGUACUGCAACUUCAACGCACCUAACCCGCCCCUAAUGUCGCUCUUCACCGCCAACUUCAACAACUGCAUGGACGCCUGCGCCGCAUUCACCAACUAUGAGCCCGGGUUUGAAGGCAACGCCACGUGCACGGGAGUCAGCUUCAUUCCUCUGUGGACGACGAGAUCGGGGGCCGUCGAGGGCAACGCGCCGGGGAACUGUUACCUCAAGCCGGGAAAACAGACCAAAGCUGGCUUGGAGACGCCGAACAUUGGAACCGAAUGCCACGCCGCCAUCAUGGACUGA